GACCGUCCGGCCCGAGAGGAGAGGAGAGAUUCUUGUAAAACAAGGAGUUUCCAGCCUUCAACUUUUUCCAUGGCCCAAAGCCGUUUGUCAUAUGAUCCGAUCUUCGUUGUCCUGCACCAUAGUGGACAUUUUCACUGUGUACCUGCUUCACUAAUUAGAUCAGGGGAUCUGCAAUUUUAUUUUUAUCCUUUGCUUGUGCUUUGCUUUAGUUUAGGUGCCUACUUUUUGUUCCUUUGCUUGCAACCGCGACUCGCUUGUGGUCGAUUUAUAUUUCAUCAUAUAUCAACCUCACCUUGUCUCCAUAUCAACAACCUGUUUUCUCUCAUCUGCAACUCCCACCAUCAAAAUACAUUGUUCUCUUAAAUACCUACCUACCUACCUCUCUUUCCAUACUUCGAUCUACAGUCGAAGCUUUUCAAUUCUUGAUCCUUCCAAAAACCUUCAAAAUGCAAUUCUCCAAGCUUCUCAGUGUCGCCGUCGGUCUUUUGGCCACAGCCGAAGCCAUCUCCGUUCAAAAGCCUCGCAUUGCUGCCCGCGGUUCCCAAAAGAAAUUCAACUUGAAGCUCAAUACCGUCCAUGCUGCUGCCCCUGCUUCUUCAUCUGCUAUCAAGGACAUGAUUAUUGAAGGCAUCGUUACCAGAUCUGCUGUUGACAAGAGCAACGGAACUCUGGUUUAUGAUGAUUCCAUUUCCUUCACCUUCAUCGACCCCAACAGUAAUACUUCCACAGCCUGCAACGAUGAUUUCCUAGGCACACCCGAAACCACUCAAUUCCCUACCGGAUGGGUUCCCUGCAAUAACAAUGGCAACUUGAUGGAUGAUUUCUACUGGCAAUUUACUAGUUAUACAUCCCUUACUCAAUUCAGUAUUGAGUUGAUUCACGGUUUUGUUGGUUCCAACAAUGCAGGUGAAGUUCUCAGAUCCGCAGAUACACCUAUUGUCCUCACCUGCGCCGAUGUAAACCAUAUCGAUGGAUGUUAUUCCAACCAAACCAUUUCAGUUCCAGUCGCCUCUGCUACGGCAUAGAUAAUUUAAAUCGAAUCCGACAGUUUGGAAUUCGAUCAAGGGGAUGGGGUGUUUUUUUGGGCGGCUUCAAUCGGUGUAUUUUUGUAAUAGUUUGAGUGGCGAGAGUGAUAAAUGAUGGAACGGGAUUCUAGGUUGUGCUCACGCAUAAUACGGCCACCAUGGGUUCUGGUUUAAAAAAAAAUAAAGAGUCGCUCAGAAAUUUCUCCUCGAAAGACUGGGGAGGCUCAAAAUUGAUGAAGAGUUGUAGAUACUUCUUCUAUCCUAAUGAUGUUCAUUGCCGCUUCAAUUGGCAUGGGCUAGAUGUAAUCAAGCAAAACAUUAAAAAUAUGAAUAAUAAUAAAUACAUGUGUCAAAACUGCGGUGCUUGCGCUUCCAUUCAUGUGUAUACUGUGAUUUGGCUACCUUCCCAAACCCCCUCUCAUCUAUUCCAGGAAUCCCUAAAAAAAAUUCCGCAGAUAGUAUUCA